AAUAAAGCCGCUCAAAUUACACCUACCUGUGGAGCAAAAGAGUGGCGCGAAGUCUCAACGGUUGGUGUGACUAACUUUCUCUCCUUCAGAAAAGAAAACUAAACAAAAUGUCAGUCUGUUUCCUUCGCGGUCGUUUCUUCAAACACCUUGCAUACACCACCGUCUUCUCCAUCCGUCACAUUCAUCGUCGCACUAGGCCUCCCACAUCUUUAACAUCUCCAUUCACUCACUUCUCAGCUCUCUCUUCCGCACCCACUCAAGCACUACCCCAAUGGAGGCUCACUUCGAUUCCCGCUACAUUUUCAACUUCUUCUUCUCCGGAGAUUCCGUUACUCUUCACACCUCCUUACAUCUCUGUUAGCAUUCACUGUCCAAAAGAUGUUGCUGAUAUGUUUUCGGAAUCCCUUUUAUGUUUUGGUGCAAGUUCUACCAGCAUGGAUGAACAAGACAUCUAUGAGCAUAAUGCUGAGGUGUGCAUUAGUUCCAUAUUUUUCAAUUGCCAAGAUGUGGAUGAGUGCAUUUCACAUGCUGCUGAUUCCAUAGGCUUGAAAGAGAUACCUCGUUAUGAGGUCAUUAUGGGUGACCAUUCUGAUUGGAUAAAGAAAACUCAGGAAUCAUUUCAGCCAGUGGAAGUUACUGAGGGACUUUGGAUUGUGCCUGAGUGGAGAACUCCCCCAGACCUUCAAGCAACAAAUAUAAUUUUGAAUCCUGGACUGGCAUUUGGAACUGGGGAACACCCUACAACUAAGUUGUGUCUGCUGCUGCUGCAUGGAUUAAUAAAAGGAGGAGAACUCUUCUUGGACUAUGGCACUGGUUCUGGGAUCCUUGCAAUUGCUGCCCUUAAGUUUGGUGCCGCCCUAUCUGUUGGAUUUGAUGUUGAUUCCCAGGCAAUAACAUCUGCACGUCAGAAUGCCACUCUGAACCACAUAGAACCUGAGAAAAUGCAAUUGCAUCUUGUCCCUAACAAACCGAGCCCUCCCUUGACGAAUGAGUUGUUAUGUAGAGGUGUGGAAGGGCCAAAUCCAUGUGGCACGGGAGUCAUCACUGAAACAGGGAAGUACGAUGUGGUUAUUGCAAAUAUACUUUUAAAUCCUCUACUGGAUUUGGCAGAUCAUAUUGUUUCUUAUGCCAAGCCUGGAGCAGUUGUCGGUGUCUCUGGUAUCAUAUCUGAGCAGAUUCCAUUUAUUAUGGAACGUUAUUCACAAUUCUUGGAAGGCAUUUCAGUGUCAACAAUGGAUGAUUGGGCUUGCGUAACCGGCACUAAGAAGAGAAAUCUUACUGUUAGCUGAAGAGGAGAGCCGUUUGUUGAAACAGUAUGUAAAAACUUGGGAAGCUAAUGCUGUUUGGCAAAGUUCAAGGUCAAGCUUGUAUCGAACAAUACAGCAUGGUUUCUCUGGCAUGAAAAUGGCCGUUGUUUUUUCUUUGUAUUGAAUCAUGUACUGUAAUAUUAUUCAUUUAUAUAUAUCUUCUUUGAUCAUAUAAGAGAGCCCUAAG